GAGCCGCACCGCCGGCUGCCCCUGCAAAGAUGGCUGCUGUCCGGCGCGGCCUCCUGCUGCUCAUGGGGUGGCUCGCCAGCGCCGCUGCUACGCAAGGGGUCCCCCUGGAAAUCGUCGAGUCGGCGCUGGUCUUCGACAGCACAGCAACCAUGUCUUUGAAUGACGACAGCGACGCCAAGCAGUGCCUGCGCUGGGCAGUGAGGGCGUCGCUCCGCGCCACCUACAGUGAAGCGUUUCUCUCACUGCCGGAGGCGACGUCCUACGUCUACGAUAUCGGGGAAACGGACACCAAGGUGAGCUUCUCGGUCAAUUUGCCCGGCAUCAACGCGGAAUCCGUCCGGGACGACCUCAAGAGCGCCGUCGUCGAGCCGUCGACGGGCCCGUCGCUACUCAUGGCGAACCUGGAGAACUGCUCUCUACCGGACGGAACCUGGACCUCCUGGCCGUACGACGAUAUCGACGCGGACGCGACGAGUCACGUCCUGCAGACCGAGACGUACCGCCGCGCUAGCUUCGCCGACGUGGGCGCCGUGGUCUCGAGCGCGGUCGUGCUCGGCGGCUUGCGGGCCCACAACUUCAAUGCGGACGAAGUCGCCAUCACGCAGUUCGGAAUCGUUAUAGCGGGUGCGUUGCAGGCGGCGACGGUCCAGAUCGACAAUAUCGUGGCCGAGGAAUAUAAGCCGCCCAGCAUUCAGGACGACGACGACCCGCCCGUCCCCGUCUUGGAAGACGACUACGACGAGGGCCUGACGACGACCAUCCGCUUCGACGUGGCCAUCCACUACUGGCCCGUCGGCGCGACCGUCUUGGAGACGCCCGAGGCGAUCGCCCAAGCGCUAAAAACGGCUAUUUCGGACGGCAGCCUCCAGUCCAACCUGGACUUCUACGCCGGCCCGCAAUUCUGCGCGAGCUGCGUGUUGCGUGACGCGACCGUCAACGUCGAGUUGUCUUAUGUAAAGAUCGACGAGCUCACGAUGGACGAGCCGCACGCGGUCGCCGCGCCCUGCACCGCGAACUGCGGCGGCGGCGGCGGCGGCGACGACGACGACGGACUGGACGAGGGCGAGGCCGCGGCCGUGGCGAUCUUCGUCAUCCUCGCGGUCGUCGGCGUCGCCGGCCUGAUCUUCUGGCUCUACCGCAGCAACAAGCUCCGAGAGUGCUGUCCCUCCGAGGAAGUCGAGGCCAGCGCCGGUGAGCUCGAGCUCGACAAGGUCUCCUCCUCCGCGCCCACACCCGAGCCGCAGACGGAGAUGGUUUAGUCGCGGGCUUGUGGGAUUUUCCAAGCCCACAUACAUCCUUGUAAAAUGUUGUCCGACGCCAAGUCAUCUACUCGUACUGUAUGGGGACUUUUUAUUGGUCAUACUCACAGUCUGCUGGUGGCGCGGCGGGCGAUUUCUUGCGGAGCAGAGAAGCGAACCUUGCCGUGCUUAUCAUGAGGCUGGAAUAUUCAGUGACAAACCAGACCCGCACGGCCUGGCACGUGAUUGAGCUGCGACCAGUGGACCCGACCCAGAAGGAGGAGGUCCGGCCGGCG